CCCUCAUAAAAACUGUAGUUUAGCUUCCUGCCAGCAGGGGCCACCAUUAAGCAUGGUGUUUUUAAAAGAGAAACAAAUAUGUAAGAGCUUCUAUUUUUACAUUAUCCUGAGUGGUUCCCCCUCCGGACAAACAAACAACAGUAUUGAACUCUUCUUCCUAUUUUCUGCAACAGCACUGCCCCCCAGUGGCGGCGCGUGAGUAUUACAACCCUCUCUCUUGUGCCUGCCUCCGAGGCUCCACAAAGUGCAGCAGCAGCAGCAAGUUGGAUGUUCACAGCGGGGACUGGCCGCGUUUCCUCCACUUCAGAACCGUUUCUUUCUAAAAAGGCGCGACUGGUAGAGGGCAGCCACCGCGGAAAUGGGCUGACGACUUCAUGCGGCUCUAACUGAGUCACAUGGUGGCGAACGGAUGGAUAUUCAGCCCAUAAUAACCAGAGUUCGGGGAGACGUUUUAACCAGGCGCCUGUUUUAGACCACAGAUCCACCUGCUGACUCCAGGGAUUCUCCUCUCAGGAUGCCUCACAAGAGCAAAAAGGAGAAGGAUUCCUUAAAAUCUGGAAGAUCCAAAAAAUCUGGAGGUAAAAAUGGACCCACAGAUGACCAAGAAGGCUCUGCUAAGAAAGCACCUCCUGCGACUCAGCUGCUGAGGGUGAAGCAGCCGGGGUCACACUCAGCCGUGAAGAGGGAGAAGAGGUUCAGCACUUCCUCCUUUCCUCUCAGUGCUAACAGAGAGCUGCAGAAGCUACCCGCUCUUGCAGGUAUGCCCUCCUAAUAGGAGAUAUUGAUCUUUUUCCGAGUGCUGCGUCACUCACAGACUUUUACAUGGCUUCACGUAAAACUAAUAAGCACAAGUAAGCAACUUUUCCUAUAAUACAUGAUAUUUUAAAUCUAGUAUUUCAUGUUUGACCUGUAUAGAGUUAUAUUAACAAUUCAUAAUGUCUGUGGAUCUUCAUAAGCACCUUUUUCACCUCCAGAGCUCUGCUCACUACAUUAUUGAUGGACACACAAAAACUGCCCAUCCGCUUGGUCUCUAAUGCAAAUGAUGUGCAAUCAGCUGCAUCUCCAUCCUUACCUGAGAGAAACAGAUACCCCCACACCUCGAACGACUCUUUCAUGCAGGAUUUGUCUGACUCGCUGAACUGACAGGAGACCAGGAGGCAGCAGAGAAAUCUGGGCCAUCCAAUAAUAACUCGAACAAAAAAAAGAAAGAUGAAACCCCAAAUCCAGCAUCAGGCAUCUUUGGUAAACAGUCUUGAACAAGUCGUUGUCCUAACGCAGUCUGC